ACGCGGCUUGGCGGCCAAGCGCGACGAACGCCGCCGUAGAAAAAAAACAUUUUCCAUUACAAUUCCCAACUGACUGACUCACAUACACACAUACAUCUGCAAGUCUUACUUCUUAUCGAGUAUUGUGAUAGUGUUUUAUCAACCAAAAUGAAGACAAUUUUCCUGCUCCUAGCGCUCGCCCUCUGCGCUCGCUCUGAAGACGUGAACAAACCCAGCCAGGCGGUGGAAACUCAAAAGGAUAAAAGACAGACUGAGGAAGGCACUCCACAGCUUGUUUAUAGAACGGCAAGAAAACAGGAACAAGUCGCUCCUGUUGAAGAAAACCAAGAAGAUGACAAAGGACAAAGAGGGGGAUCCGAAGAGUAUCGACCAGGGCAGGUAUACUCCCUCAACGUUCAAGAGCUUCUAGAGCUGCAACCGGAGAGAAAAGCGCCGCUUGGAAGCAGCCAACAACUGCAGCAGCUGUACACCAACCCUCAACAAGAACAUAGGCAGAAUCUGCAACAGGUCUACUAUUUGGAGCCGCAAGUCAGUAGACAGUUCGCUCUUCAACCGUCCCACACCGUAAUCGCACGGCCGCAUUAUUCAUCCUACGGCGGGGAGGCCUCAGUAGGAGCGGCGCUCUCUGUGAGUGAUACUGGAGCAAGUUCCUCUGAGGGUCUGGACCAGGAGCUCCUAGCCCUCCUCGGACAUCAAAUAAGACAAGAGGACACUCGCCCACAGACCUUCACACAACAAGCACCUCAACAAGCACAAAGUGUUGCUAGUCAAUACCAGCCGGUGGACGUUCCAUACGUACCCAAACCAUCAAAAAAGCCACUGAAACUCCGUUCCAAAGUUCAAACAGCCCCAACGCCAACAUCAGCUCCUCAGCAAUACCUGAUAGAGACCACUAACGUACAACAACAGCAUCAGCCUCUUCAAUUCCGGCCGAUACCACAAAACCAGAGAGUACCUCAGACUCUACGCUAUGUCCCAAUCCAGCAAGCUCAAGCGGCAGUUCAACAACCCUUAUAUGAAAGGCCAGAAUCCCAAGGUCUAAAAGUUGUACCUGCGCCAAAACUGCAACAGCUCAAUCCACAGUAUAACUACAGGAUUCAAUACCAGCAAGAAGCUUCACCGAAACAGUACCGAUUAAUCGACACACCUAGACCUCAACCAGUAAGACAAGAAGCUCGAGUUUUAUCCAACGAAAGGCCAGUCACAUACCUAAAAAGAUUCCCCGAACCAGAAAAAGUGCGAGUGGUUCCAACUGAACAGAGCAUUCACGAAGGCUUAUCUUCAGUCCAGCGACCGGUGCAGCUCAAUGAUCAGUACUAUUUACGUCCUGUGUACAGAACUAACGAUCAGAGAGCUAGAUAUGAACUACCAGCUGCAACACUUAGACCGAUGGAACAAGCAAGAAGUUUUGACACAGUAAAAACACCGCUUUCGUCUAUUUAUGUUAGCAAAAAUAUUGUACCCAAAAAAGUAGCAAGACCAGUCGUAAGAUAUGAACAAGUUCCAAGAUUAGAGCAGCCUUUAAGAGAACCUUACAGAAUAGAGCAGGCUAGUACAGAUCAAGUGAAUGUGGAACAACACACUCAAAGUGUUGAGGAACAAAGAUCACAUUUGCCUCCUCCCAAAAAUAGCAAAGCGUAUACGCCUGAGGAAUUCGCAGCUUUAGUAGCCGCUGGGUAUUCGGUGACACCUAUACCUGUAACUCAAGCUGGUACUCAAGUGGCUCAAUCAAGAGCUUCCUCUGAACCCAUAGCAGUUCAACAACGUAGACUUUACAGCAGACGCCAUCAAUAUCUUCCUUUGAGAGGAGAUGAUGCACCAUGAGCAACAGAACAACGAUAUGUACAUAGUGUUAGGUUUAACUUUAUAGACAUUAAAUUUGAUAAUACAUAAAAUUAAAAAACAAUAAA